AUGGCCGAUUCUCUCACUGAGGAACAGGUUUCCGAGUUCAAGGAGGCCUUCUCCCUCUUCGAGCGCAGACAGGUGUUUCGAGAGCUAACGUGCCCUCUUGCGAUGCAGGACAAAGACGGCGAUGGUCAAAUCACCACCAAAGAGCUAGGCACCGUCAUGCGAUCACUCGGCCAGAACCCCUCCGAGUCUGAGCUCCAGGAUAUGAUCAACGAGGUUGACGCCGACAACAACGGCACGAUUGACUUCCCCGAGUUCUUGACCAUGAUGGCACGAAAGAUGAAGGACACCGACUCUGAGGAGGAGAUUCGCGAGGCUUUCAAGGUUUUCGAUCGUGAUAACAACGGUUUCAUCUCGGCGGCUGAGCUGCGCCACGUCAUGACUUCUAUUGGCGAGAAGCUUACCGAUGAUGAGGUUGACGAGAUGAUCCGCGAGGCUGACCAGGACGGUGAUGGCCGCAUUGACUACAACGAGUUCGUCCAACUCAUGAUGCAGAAAUAA